AUGGAGGCGAACGGCAUCAGCGGCGGCGCGGCCGAGGCUCGCCGCCCUCCGCACGUCGCCAUGCUGGUGACGCCCGGGAUGGGCCACCUGAUCCCGCUGGCCGAGCUGGCCAAGCGCCUCGCCGCGCGGCACGGCGUCGAGGCCACGCUCAUCACCUUCGCCUCCACGGCGUCCGCCACGCAGCGGGCCUUCCUCGCCUCCCUCCCGCCGGCCAUCUCCUCCCUCUCCCUCCCGCCCGUCGACCUCUCCGACCUGCCGCCCGACGCCUCCAUCGAGAUGCUCAUGUCCGAGGAGUGCGCGCGGCUGGUGCCGGCGCUCACGGAGGCCCUCUCGCGGCUCAUGGACACCACGCGCCUGGUCGCCUACUUCGCCGACCUCUUCGGGGCCGACUCCUUCGACGCCGCCGUGGCCGCCGCCGUGCCCAGGAGGUACCUCUUCUUCCCCGGGAACCUCCAGGGGCUCACGCUCAUCCUCCACCUCCCGGAGCUCCACGUCUCCAUGCCCGGCGAGUUCCGGGACCUGGCCGAGCCCGUCAGGCUCCCCGGCUGCGUGCCCAUCCCGGGGGUGGACAUCCUCUCGCCGCUGCAGGACAAGUCCAGCCCGAGCUACCGGUGGAUGGUGCACCACGGCGCGCGCUACCGCGAGGCCGACGCCAUCCUGGUAAACUCCUUCGACGUCUUGGAGCCGGACGCCGCCACGGUGCUCGGCCGCCCGGAGCCCGGCCGCCCGCCGGUGUACAGCAUCGGUCCCAUCAUACGGACCGACGCCGCGCCCGUCGCCACCGACGCGCCGCGCGCCGCCUGCCUGGACUGGCUCGACCGGCAGCCGCCCAGGUCGGUCGUCUUCGUCUCGUUCGGCUCCGGGGGCUCCCUCCCAACCGAGCAGAUGCACGAGCUGGCGCUGGGGCUGGAGCUCAGCGGGCAGCGCUUCCUGUGGGUGGUGCGGAGCCCGAGCGACGAGGGGGCCGUCAACGCCAACUACUACGACGCCGAGAGCAAGAGGGACCCCCUGGCCUACCUCCCGGCGGGGUUCGUGGAGCGGACCAAGGGCGUCGGCCUCCUCGUGCCGUCGUGGGCGCCGCAGACGGAGGUGCUCGCUCACGAGGCCACGGGGUGCUUCCUGGUGCACUGCGGGUGGAACUCGGUCCUGGAGAGCCUGGUGCACGGCGUGCCCAUGGUCGCGUGGCCGCUCUUCGCCGAGCAGCGGCAGAACGCCGUGAUGCUCUCGGAGGGCGUCGGGGCCGCCGUGCGGGUGCCGGCGACCAAGAAAAAGGAGGAGAUCGCCGCGGCGGUGAGGGAGGUGAUGGCUGGCCAAGGCAAAGGCGCCGAGGUGAGAGCUAAGGUGGCGACGUUGCAGAAGGCCGCCAUUGAAGGCCUCCUCGAGGGAGGUGCCGCCACGGCCGCGCUGGACGAGGUGGCGAACAUGUGGACAGGUGCCGACGCCGAGCAUGCAUGA